GAUAGACGAUGCGCCGGCGGUGUUCGAAUUUCGUUUCAGACUGAUCUCAUCCGAGCUGAUAUAGCGUCGAUCUCCGCAUGUCUCGCUCUGACGUAGCGAUGACGUUCGACAAGAGCGUGUCCGACAAGAGCCGGACUUGUCCUUACCUCGACACAAUAAAUCGAAAUGUCCUGGACUUCGACUUCGAGAAACUGUGUUCUGUCAGUCUGAGCCGGAUCAAUGUUUAUGCUUGUCUGGUGUGCGGGAAGUACUUCCAGGGUCGAGGACCAUCAACGCACGCGUACACUCAUAGUGUUCAUGUAGGGCAUCACGUUUUCCUCAACCUGGAGUCAUUGGAGUUCUUCUGCCUGCCGGACAAUUAUCGGAUCGUGGAUUCUUCCUUGGAAGAUAUUCUUUUCGUGCUGCAGCCGAGAUUUUCAGCAGAAGACAUAAAGGCUCUCGAUAAGAACGAGAAGUUAUCGAUCGCACUGGACGGUACGAAAUAUCUACCCGGUGUUAUCGGACUGAAUAAUAUCAAAGCAAACGAUUAUUGCAACGUGAUCUUGCAAGCUUUGUCGGUCGUGGUUCCGUUGAGAGAUUUCAUGAUCCGCGAUGAGAAUUACAAGGAUAUCAAGAGACCUCCAGGAGACACCAUGUUCCUAAUAGUUCAACGUUUCGGUGAGCUCCUCCGGAAGUUGUGGAACCCAAGACAUUUUAAAGCCCACGUUUCUCCUCACGAAAUGCUCCAGGCCGUCGUUCUCUGCUCGAAGAAGAGAUUCCAGAUCACGGCCCAGGGUGACCCAAUAGACUUCGUUUCUUGGUUUCUGAACUCGCUUCACAUAGCUCUCAACGGAACGAAUAAAGACUCGAGUUCGAUCAUCUACAAGACCUUCCGUGGCAGAAUGAGGGUAUAUACCAAGAAAUUGUUCCCAACAGACCCAGAACACCAGCCCAAGACUUAUGAUCCCUCAGAAUACGAAGAAAAAAUGGAGAAAAUGCCAUUCAUGUAUUUGACGGUCGACCUGCCGUCGCAACCUCUCUUCAAAGACGAUCAACAAGAGAACAUCAUUCCUCAAGUCCCCUUGAAUGUCAUCAUGGCAAAGUUCAACGGGAUCCAGGAAAAAGAGUACAAAACCUACAAAGACAACUUGCUGAAGAGAUUCGAGUUGAUCAAAUUGCCAAUGUAUCUCAUCUUGUACAUGAAACGUUUCACGAAAAACACGUUUUUCACGGAGAAAAAUCCGACCAUCAUCAACUUUCCGAUCAACAAUGUUGACUUCAGUGACCUCUUGUCGCCGGAGCUCCGUCGAGUAAACCCCGAGAACGCAUACGAGCUCGUCGCGAAUAUCGUACACGAAGGCGAGCCGAACAAAGGAACCUACCGAUGCCACGUUCUGCACCGCGGUACGGGUAAAUGGUACGAGCUACAGGAUCUCCACGUCACCGAGAUCCUUCCCCAGAUGAUCACGCUCUCCGAAAGUUACAUUCAAAUUUGGCGGCGCACGAGCCCUCGAUUCAAAGAUGCGCCGAACUCGGAGAAGACGAGGGAACUAAACGGCGAAGAGCCAAUGGAGGCUGAGGGAAAUGGGAGAGGUGUGAAGCGCAAAGCGGAGUGAUGACUUUUAAAUAAACCUGAAUGG